AUGCCGCUCCAAACUAGAAAGCCAAAAAAGGAUGGAAGAAAGAGGACGUACUCGCUGGUGUCCAAUAAUACAACCGUACAGGCGGGUCCUGUCACGACCCCUAAAACUGUCGAGAACAGCUCACCUUCACAACGGGCCAAUCGGUCAAGACAAGCCCUAAAUGCGCCUGCCGUUCCAGAGAACCCACCUCAGAAACCCGCAGAGCCCGCGAAGAUGCCUAACGUGUUCGAGUUCCUGGAAGAGAACGAAGAAUCUUCUUCAGACUCAUCGCUAUCGUCAUCGUCAUCCUCUGAGGCUGAAUCCGACGAGGAGCCGGAGCCUCCACGCCCUAUACAAACCACCACCAAGAUCCAGGCUCCAAAACCACGGGCAAAUACUGUGCCACACGGAGUGUUGGCUCCAGGAGGCAACACACCCCCGAGUAAAAUCACACAAGCACCUGCAGUGGUAUCCAAAAGUCCAAAAGAACCACGAAAACCCGCGCCGGCACCCGCACCUUCUACAGACAAUCAGUUAGUCACGCGGAAGAGACAACUCACCAGAAAGCCGAGCCCGAUCUCGACUGAAGUCAUCUCCCCAGGCAAAGGCCAACUAGAAUUGUCCCGACCACAGACCUACCAUGGCCCAUCACGAGACAGCGGUGCUGUCCACAGACCACCGCUCCCACCAUCACCGCCUAGAAGUCCAGAAGAUAGCAUUCACCGCACCACUCCGACAAAGAGACGAGACUCCAAUGCGUCGCAAGAGCUAUCCGGAUACGGGCUUCUAGCUUCGCACCUAACCAAGUCCGCCUCAGAAGACAGCGGAGGCUUCCCUCCGCUCUACCGACGCUUCGAGACCAUGAACCACCGCGUUUUGCUCCACCUCCAAGACGAGAUCUCCCAAAUGGAAGAAGAUCUCCACACCCUGGAUGAGUAUGAGGAAAUGCACCGGGUCAGCACAGCCGAGCAUGAAGGCGUGAAGCCCCUACCGGCUUCACGACGGCGGGACGCCCAGUCCCAGGCUUAUUCGUCUUUGCACUACCGCCGCAUGGAUCUCAUGAAUGCUUUGAUCCACAAGACGGAACAAUACAACAACGCCCUCAGCGCCUACAGCAAAGUCCUACAAACGCUCCCGCGGGCCUCGGAACAGGAGAUCACGGGCUACCGCAGCUGGAUGAGAGAAAAACAAGCCCGUCGCUGGUAUCUAGUCUCCCUCACUCCACGACUGGCUGCUUCUGCCGCCGCAGCACCCGUCUACAUCGCCAUCAUCAUCGCAUCUGGUGCGCUCCUGCUUCCAUUAUUGGCGUUCAGCCUUAUAGCGGAGUUCUCCGGUCGUCUUGUCGUUGUGACGGUUGUUGGCGGUGCCGCGGCGGCUAUUGCGGCGAAUUAUUCGGCUGGUAUUGAUACGCUGGUCGACUCGAGGGAUGGUUGGCGCUGUGCUACGAUAUAUUUUGGGUUUAUGACUAUGGCUGCUAUGUUCAUUCCCUAG